AACGGAAGAAUAAUGUUACACUUCCCCUUGCCUUGCGUAUAUCUGAUGCAAACAGACAACAACACCGUUCUGAAUACGUAAUAACAAAUGGUGGAAAUUGCUGGCCUCGGUCUUGCUGUUUCCCUGACCUACUAACUAGCAAACGUUACAUCACACAGAGGUCCAGGCGUCCCACCUGCACCGGGGGGUAAUAUCGGUGUGAGUUGAAGCAGGUUACCCAUGCUAUCUGGACAGUGACAUUGGUAUGACACCGUUGACCUGCUAACAUACACAGUUACAGAGUCGGAAGAUAUUGUGCUCCGGAAGAAACUGUCAAGACUUGUUUUGGUUCCAUCGUGCUCCUUUACGAGUCGACAGGUAACGUUAGCUGGUACUGUAGCUGCGGCCUGUGAUGAAACUAGCAGCUGUCCGAGAUGAUCCAUGCUAGCUAAUCCUGCUUCACUGUUUUUAUUUGCCAGACCUUGACUAAAGUAUGUCUUGCCCAUGCACAUCGGCCGCGAGGAUAUUCUUGAAUUCAGCACACAGAGGGCUGUCUUGUUCCCGGGUUCAGCUCUAUGCUUUGAGCAGGCCUGGUUGGAGUGUUCGUGGAGCACCCCUACCUCCCAGAGUCCGAGUGAGAUCCUUCCAUGAAACGGCAGCGUGUUUUACCUCUAAAGAUGGAACCACCAAGGAUGGAUCCAGCGACGGUGGAAAGAAGAACCUCGGUGAAAGAAAGAGACUGUCGGGCUCUUCUGGUGGAUCAGGGAAGGGGGGUAACCAGCUGCACUGUCCCAAAUGUGGAGACCCGUGCACACAUGUGGAGACCUUUGUAUCGUCAACACGUUUUGUGAAGUGUGAGAAAUGCCAUCACUUCUUCGUGGUGCUCUCUGAGACAGACUCUAAGAAGGGUCUGAAUAAAGAACCAGAGUCGCCCGCUGAGGCUGUCAAAAUGGCCUUCGUACAGAAACCUCCCCCGCCACCCAAAAAGAUCUAUGCCUACCUGGACAAGUACGUAGUGGGUCAGUCCUAUGCUAAGAAGGUGCUGGCGGUGGCUGUGUAUAAUCACUACAAGAGGAUCCACAACAACAUCCCUGCUGGGAGCAGACAGGUGGAGGUGGAUAAACAGGCCUCGCUCACACCACGAGAGCUAGAGACCAGAAGACGGGAGGAUGAGUACAGAUUCACAAAACUCCUUCAGAUAGCAGGGAUCAGUCCCCAUGGCAACGCUCUGGGGGCCUCCAUGCAGCAGCAGGCCACUCAGCAGGCUCCUCAGGAGAGGAGGGGCGGGGACGUGUUAGACUCCACCCACACCGACAUCAAACUGGAGAAGAGCAACAUCGUGUUGCUAGGCCCUACCGGAUCAGGAAAGACAUUGUUGGCUCAGACCCUGGCCAAGUGUCUAGAUGUACCCUUCGCCAUCUGUGAUUGUACCACCCUGACCCAGGCUGGCUAUGUGGGGGAGGACAUCGAGUCUGUUAUCGCUAAGCUGCUGCAGGAUGCCAACUACUCUGUGGAUAAAGCACAGCAAGGCAUAGUGUUUCUGGAUGAGGUGGACAAGAUCGGCAGUGUUCCCGGGAUCCACCAGCUCAGAGACGUAGGAGGAGAGGGAGUACAACAGGGUCUGCUCAAACUCCUGGAGGGCACGAUAGUGAACGUCCCAGAGAAGAACUCCAGGAAGCUGAGAGGAGAGACGGUGCAGGUGGACACCACUAACAUCCUGUUCGUAGCGUCAGGGGCCUUCAACGGACUCGACAGAAUCAUUAGCAGACGGAAGAAUGAAAAGUACCUGGGCUUCGGGACGCCCUCCAACAUGGGUAAGGGUCGCCGUGCGGCGGCAGCGGCCGACCAGGCUAACAGCAGUGAACAGACGGACAUGGUGGCAGAGAUGGAGGAGAAGGACCGGCUGCUGAAGCUCGUGGAGGCCCGGGACCUCAUUGAUUUUGGGAUGAUCCCGGAGUUCGUGGGGCGUCUGCCAGUGGUGGUGCCUCUGCACAGUCUGGAUGAAGAGACGCUGGUCCGCAUCCUGACAGAACCGCGCAACGCCGUCAUACCCCAGUACCAGGCCCUGUUCAGCAUGGACAAGUGUGAACUGAAUGUAACCACAGAUGCACUGAGGGCCAUCGCCAGGCUGGCUCUGGAGAGGAAGACAGGAGCCCGUGGCCUGAGGUCCAUCAUGGAGAAGCUUCUUCUGGAGCCAAUGUUUGAGGUCCCGUGUUCAGACAUCAUGGCCGUGGAGGUAACGGAGGACGUGGUCCAGGGUAAAUCAGAACCACAAUACGUCAGGGCGCCAGAGAAGGAGUCAGCAGAGGAGGACUAUGACUCUGGUAUUGAAGAGGAGAACUGGCCCAGACAGGUGGACGCAGCAGCCAACAACUGAUCUAGAAUCAUUAGAACACCUAAAACAUUUCCUGGAAUUCCUGCACCUGAAACAUCUAAACAGACCUCCCAUCAGACUGUGUAGGCCACUACUAAAACAACAACACGAUAAAAACCCUUUUCUCUGAGGAAGUGUUUUUCAUAAUGAACAACACGGAUUUGAGCUCUAGAAGUACUUUUUUUGUCCUGUGAAUUGGACAGUAGGCUAAUUCUUUAAGUUAGAAAUUAAGGUGGACCUGCUAUAUUGUAUAUAUUUACAAUUGUUGGGGUAGAUAAUGCAAUUUUUAUUCUUUAAAAGGAUGAUUGUGUUUUCUCUUUUGUUGUGGUGGAUGAGAGGUUGAAAUUACAAUGGAAACAAAUAUAACAUGAAUGGGAUCAUAUUGUACACUUAAAGAAAUAGCCACGGCUAGGAAUGUUCCGUUUUAGUAUCUUCAGUGUUACAUAACAAUAUACAACUAAUGCCCUGACUGUCAACGGCAGACCUGGGUCCAAAUACUAUAUGAAAUCUUUAAUAUGCAGUACCAGUCAAACGUUUGGACACACCUACUAAUUCAAGGGUUUUUCUUUAUUUUUGCUAUUUUCU